GAUGCGCUUUCAGGUGUGAUCGCAUUUCCCUCUUCCUGAUCAUCAACAUUGAGUUUUCAAUCGGAGAACUGAAUCGACAAUUCAAGUUUUAUUCCCAAAGAUGUCUUCUGGGUUGAGUUCAUUAUCAUCCAGUGAUGAACUCGACAAUUUCAACCCUAGAACAUCACCCACUACGCCACCUAAACCUCUCGAAGAAGAAUUGGCGUCUUUAGCAUUGACUUUACCACCUCCUGAGCUGCUUUCCGACCAGGAGGAUGUCAAUGUCGUCUCAGAUGGAUCCGCGGCCGAUGGCUUUGGGUUUGGAAUUCAACGGAGUGAUGAGGAAUCAAGGGUCGGCGUAGUUUGUGAAGAGAAUGUUGUGGGGAACUCGGCGGCGGCGGUGGUUGAGGGAGCGACCGGAAAUUCGGUGCGGGAGGGUAUUGAUGGGACGGGGGUUGUGUGGGGGAGGACUAAUUCGGAGAUUGAGGUGGAUAGACCGGUCAGUCCUAGCAGUAGUGGGUAUGCAGGUGAAAGGGGAAGCAGCGGUGCUAGUAGCGGGAGGUCGGAGAUGGAUGGAAUUGCUGAUGACGAGAUACAGGAACUGAAUGAUGAUGCUUCUGUUGGUGAUAAUUCGAAUUCUGUACACUCUUGGGUUCCUGGAAAGCGGCAUGGUGAUGAGGAUGAUGCUUCCAUAUCAUGGAGAAAAAGGAAGAAGCAUUUCUUUGUUCUGAGCCAUUCUGGAAAGCCUAUUUAUUCCAGGUAUGGAGACGAGCACAAGCUAGCAGGAUUUUCAGCCAGCUUGCAGGCAAUCAUUUCCUUUGUGGAGGAUGGGGGUGAUCGUGUCAAAUGGGUUAGAGCUGGAAAACACCUGGUGGUCUUCCUUGUGAAGGGUCCAAUUUACUUGGUUUGCAUCAGCUGCACAGAAGAGCCUUAUGAAUCAUUAAGAGGCCAGUUGGAACUUAUAUAUGGUCAGAUGAUACUUAUUCUAACAAAGUCUGUAAAUAGAUGUUUUGAGAGAAAUCCCAAGUUUGAUAUGACUUCUCUUCUUGGAGGAACCGAUGUUGUCUUCUCCUCUCUCAUCCAUUCAUUUGGUUGGAACCCUGCUACUUUUCUUCAUGCAUACACUUGUCUUCCUCUCGCUUAUGGUACAAGACAAGCUGCAGGUGCGAUAUUACAAGAUGUUGCUGAUUCUGGCAUUCUUUUUGCAAUUUUAAUGUGCAAACAUAAGGUUAUCAGUCUUGUUGGUGCUCAAAAGGCUUCUCUUCAUCCCGAUGAUAUGUUACUACUUGCCAACUUUGUGAUGUCAUCAGAGUCCUUUAGGACAUCCGAGUCUUUCUCUCCAAUAUGCCUUCCAAGAUACAAUCCUAUGGCAUUUUUGUAUGCAUAUGUUCAUUAUUUCGAUGCUAACACUUACUUUAUGCUCCUUACAACUAAUUCAGAUUCCUUCUAUCACUUAAAGGAAUGCAGGAUUCGGAUUGAGACUGUCCUUUUGAAGUCAAAUGUUCUUAGUGAAGUUCAGAGAUCUAUGUUAGAUGGUGGGAUGCAUGUUGAAGAUGUGCCUGUUGAUUCUUUGCCUCGCUAUAGAACCAUAUCUCCUCAUUUGGGCCAACAAAGAGUUCCAUCAGAAUUUACUGAAAGAUUCAAGGAAUCUUCUGCUGGGAUGGGUGGUCCUGGUGGACUCUGGCAUUUCAUUUACCGCAGUAUAUAUCUGGAUCAGUACGUUGCUUCUGAAUUUUCAUCUCCAAUUAGCAGUCGUCAACAACAGAAGAGACUGUACAGAGCAUACCAAAAUAUUUAUGAUUCUAUGCAUGAUAAAGAAAUUGGCCCUCACAAAACCCAGUUUAGAAGAGAUGAAAACUAUGUUCUACUCUGCUGGGUCACCCAAGAUUUUGAGCUUUAUGCAGCAUUUGAUCCAUUGGCUGAUAAGGCUAUGGCGAUAAAGAUCUGCAAUCGAGUUUGUCAAUGGAUUAAGGAUGUUGAAAAUGAAGUUUUUCUUCUGGGUGCGAGCCCGUUUUCAUGGUAACACUCCAUGUAGUAUAAUUUUUGUGUAUUCAUGUUUAUACACAUCCACGGUUUUGUAUUUUAUUUAUUGUAGACUGUAGGCUAGCUCAUAAAACCUGUAUUCAAUUUAACUCCAUCUACUGGAAAACUAGGUACAUUAUAUUAGUGAGAAUCUAUGAAAUGAAGAUCUAUUUUUGAUAA